GCAACAUCGAGUUAGCCAAAAAUGGCCGAGUCUCCGGCUGGGUAUGAGAGGUACAUGAAAGCGGUCAUCCGCGAUGCUUCCGAGGACAAAGCUUCGGGUUCGGCAGACAAAUCCUUCAAUGGCAGAUUCUUCGAUGUGACGGAGCACUGGCUCUCGCCUAGCGAACCCGGCGAAUGCGUCCCUACCGGCCAGCUCCCUGACACGGCCGUCUCGAGAAGCCGCUAUGGAGAGAACUCCCUAUUACUACGACGGAUCCUGGUACCUCAGAAUCAGCCAAAGCUCCAGCUCGAAAUCCAGUCAACUUCGCUUCAGAAGGCCUUUAGCGACAUCACCGACGAUCUCGCGACUCUCAACGUCCAUGCGAACCCCAUUGUGAUCCAGGCACCGUAUCACGAGCUCUAUCACUUCCGCAAGGAGCUCAAGGCUGCGUGUCACUCCGCGAAGUCUGAGAAUCUAAGGCAGGAGCUGCAGCUUUUUCUCAACUUCGAGGACGAGCAUAUGGCUCGGGCAUCAAAUCUGAAAGAGAUCGAUAAUCACUUACAGCUGUCGCACCCAACUAUCCGGUUCGAGUAUCUUUGGGCCCUGUUUAAGCCCCAUGAACUCGUCCUCCUGAAAACGGUAGCCGCGGCGAGCUCGACCGUUCAGUCCUGCGCGGUGCUCGAAAGGUAUUGGGUCGAGCAAGGGGGAGCCGGCUUUACCUGGCUCAUCCAGGUCCGGCAUAUGGAAUUUGACGGUGAAGGUUUUGGCGUUGUUCAGGAAACGUUCAGGUUCCCCGCGUUCAACGGGGUCCUCAACGUUGACUCUCUGCCGGCGUACCCGUUGUCUUUCUGCACUGACCAACACGGAGUGAGGAAGGCCCUCGCUGAGACGAGCAAGGCCUACAUCAAGCUUUGUAAAGCGGAUCCUGUCGGCUCAUCCAAGACCCAAACCAAGGGCUGCCUCCGUGAUUACCGCGGACCAGUGUGGGUCUCAAGGCCGAAUGCUAGGUACAGCGGCGACUACAGGGAAGGCAUGCGGCUUUUUGACUCACCCGAAGAAAUGAUAUCUGGGCGCGUUCUCGUAGAUCCGGCGGGCUUCAUCCGCGAGAACCCCCACCUCCGCGGCAAAGCCGCAGAUUCGGUUACGAGCUUGGAAGAGCACCAACCCAUACUUGACCCCGAGGCUCUCGAAGGAGAGGAUUCAAUCUGCUUCCCAGCCACGAUUGCGGGCUACUCCCUCAGUACCAAGCACUGCGGAAAUUUCCACGUUGGAAGCUUUCAUGACGUCGCUUGGGAGGACGAUGAAUCCAAAAGCCUCCUAGACAGCUCGGAGAGGAUGCGGCAUGUGCACAGAAUCGCCGCAAAUUUCUCCUAUCACUCCCACUCUUUCGGUUACUCCAUCGGAGGGAAGGGGAGGGGGCUGGUCUACUUGUUUUAUGGUCCAUCUGGGACGGGCAAGACUUUGACUGCUGAGUGCGUCGCGGAGCAUCUUCACCGGCCACUGUACCGAGUGAGCGGUUCGGACCUGGGCUCAGACACAUCCGACAUCGAGGCCAGCCUGCAGCGAGCCUUCAACCGGAUCGCCCGCUGGGAAGCCAUCCUUCUCCUCGACGAGGCCGAUGCCUUUAUGGCGGAGCGUGGAGACGACAGCCUAGAGAGGAACUCGUUGGUUUCAAUCUUACUUAGGCUGUUGGAAUAUCAGUCCGGCAUCGUCAUGUUGACGACGAACCGGGAGGAUAAGUUCGACAAGGCUUUCCGCACGCGCAUCCACGUCACAAUCAGCUUCCCGCCAAUCACCCAGAAAGACCGAGAAAUCAUCUGGCGCAGCCAACCGAAGAAGAUGGGCGCCAGGGCCGCGGCCCUCUCUGACGAGGAAUGGCUCUCGCUGAGUGAGCUGGAGCUCGAUGGGCGAAGCAUCAAGAACGUGUUCCACGUGGCAGGGCUGUGGGCGAGGUCAGAUGGCGGCGAGGAUAACCCGGUUUUGUUGGACGACAUCAAGUCGGUGCUUCAGAUCGCGCUUGGAAACGCAUCUAAGGAUGUCAAGCGACAGCUGGAAGAUUUCGUGGGCCGUAAACUUUUGUCCUAAAUAACUCAGCUCCUCCCUGAUACCCAGUACCUAGAUUGUGGAGAGAAAGCAAGGGCGAGGCAAAUGCACAAUGAGCCAUACCCCGGAAUUUAAUGCCGAGAUAUUCAACAAGC